AUGAAAUUGUUCAAACGCAUACACCUUAAAACAAAUUUGACUAAAAAAGGGUUGCCUUUCAAAUCUCUAUCGAGAUUUCGUUGCGUCUCCAAGCUUUGGUCCUCCAUCAUCACCUCCCGAGAUUUCAGAAACCGGCGCUUGAAUAUCACACCUCCUCCUCGUCUCCUCAUUACUUUUGCUGACUUUUACGGUGAAAAGAUUCUGGUAGCCUCGACGCCUAACCCAAACGCACCUUCCUACUCUUCUUCUUCCAACAAAGAUCUGAUCCUAGUAAACACUGAAGGCAAAGUGGUGUAUAACGCAGGUCAGGGCUUGAUCUGCGUAGGGGCAGGUUUCCAGGACGUGGGAAUUUGUAACCCUAGCAAAAGGCAAGUGCAUAAUUUUCCCUAUUUCCGCUUCAAAGAUACUCCACAAGUUCUACCACGCCCCAAGUAUAUGUUGGGGUACGAUCAUGUUGAAGAUAAAUACAAAGUGCUUGCGGUUGAUGAUUUGCCUUGGAGGUUGGAGCACAAGAUUAUGGUAUUGGGAGGAGAAGAAACUUGGAGAGAGGUUCCGUGUGUAGCAUAUCCUCACGUUGUUCUUACAAGGGGUUUGUAUAUGAAAGGAAGCAUAUACUACGGGGCCUGUAUGAAGGACACUGAUGCCCCGGAUGAUUCUAUAAUUGUGACUUUUGAUGUUAAGCUUGAAACGUUCAACAUUAUCAAAAUACCAAGCAAACUUGUACCAAUGGGUUAUAAGAAUAUGUGGCUUCCUACUCCAUGGGUUCUUACGGAUAAAACUUUGAUUAACUACAAAGGGAAAAUUGGAGUGGUCGAGAAUCCUCGUGAGGGAAGUUUUAGAAUGUGGGUUGUAGAAGAUGCUGAGCAAGAGGUUUGGUCUAUGAACACUUUUGCUUUGCCUGAAUAUGCUGCUGGCUUUGACUUCAAGGUCAUGGAAACCUUUUCAACCUGCGAGGUUUGUCUGGUCCGGAAAGAGUUUUCUGAUCCGUUCUGUCUUUUCUAUUACGAUUUGGAGGAAGAAAGCAUGAGAAGUGUUACAAUUGAAGGACUGCCAAUGUCCGAGCUUAAGCAAGCCCAAAAACUUUCUGUUUCUAAUUCUCUUUCUGUGUCUGUUUAUGAUCAUUAUGAGAACUCCAUGUCAUUUGAAAACUGA